GUGCUGAGAUCAGCCGUGCUAGAGUCUGGGGGCAGGGGGACCAGAGCACAGGUGUGCACGGGGAGGAAGCCUCACCUAGAGAGCGGGCGGCAGGAUGCGUGGCAAGGAUGAUGAGUAUGAUUAUCUCUUUAAAGUGGUGCUGAUCGGGGACUCCGGCGUAGGGAAGAGCAACCUCCUCUCGCGCUUCACCCGCAAUGAGUUCAACCUGGAGAGCAAGAGCACCAUCGGGGUGGAGUUCGCUACCCGGAGCAUCCAGGUGGACAAGAAGACCGUGAAGGCUCAGAUCUGGGACACAGCGGGUCAGGAGCGUUACCGCGCCAUCACUUCAGCGUAUUACCGGGGUGCGGUGGGUGCCCUCCUGGUCUACGACAUCGCCAAGUACCUGACCUACGAGAACGCUGAGCGCUGGCUGAAGGAGCUGCAGGACCACGCCGACGCCAACAUCGUGAUCAUGCUGGUGGGCAACAAGAGCGACCUGCGGCACCUCCGGGCCGUGCCCACCGACGAGGCCAAGAGCUUUGCAGAGAAGAAUGGCCUGUCCUUCAUCGAGACGUCUGCCCUGGACUCCACCAACGUGGAGACGGCCUUCCACAGCAUUCUGGCAGAAAUCUACCGCAUCGUGUCGCAGAGGCAGAUGACCGGGCAGCAGGAGCCGGAGUUUGGGUCCAGCACGGCCAUUGACCCUGUCAAAGUCCUGCCCACUCACCAGGAGGGGAAACAGGCUCCCUGCUGCCAGAACAUAUGAUGCUGACGGGAGGCACCAGAGGCAGGCAGACCCCUGCUGUCGUCCCUCACCGGGGCUGCUUCCCUGUGAGGGGGGGCGGGGUGUCGGAGCAUGUGUUAUAUAAGAUCCUGUCGUUUCACUGUCUCUUGUUCCCUCCCGCAACCCAUGGACUGUUGUACUUAAUGUAACUCCUAUAUAAACAUAACUAGGCCACCACUGUUUCCUUGGGGAGAUGGGUGUUAUCUAUUUGAGAUCAUCAUUUCCUCUGGUAUCAUGCCCCUCCCUUCCCGCACGCUAUUGGAUGUAUGUUUAUAUAGGGCCUACUCUAAUGGGAGUAGACAUAUUGUGGGGAUCUUCCCUUUGGCCCUGCCUCUCCUUUUUAAAAAAAAAAAAAAGACCUCUUUAAAGAUCCCUAAUGGCCUAGUGUGUGUGUGUGCAUUCACACAAGACUCAAAGGGCCCUGACGGCCCAACCCUGCAGGUGUGGCUGCUAGGCAGGCUUGCUAGACAGGUCUGAUUGGGACACUGGGGAGAGUCUAUUGUGGAUCACCAAGCUCUUCUGUCUGCGGUGAGGUGGGCUGGAAGCAGAGUGCGGUUACACCCGUCUUAAUCCAGAGUGACUCUGCUGAAAGCCCUGGGGCUGAGCCCCACUGAUCUCAUGAGAAACACGAAGAGCCCAGCCCAGGUUGGCUGACAGUUUUCUGGUCCUUCCAGAGUCAGGUUAGAUUUGAGUUCUGGCGGCGUUAACUCCGGAUUUACUCCAGUAUCAAGGGGAUCGGAAUCCAUGGCCUUUUGUCGCUUCCCAAAGAGAAGGCGCAGGCUGACCACUGACGUGGCGAGUGACUCGUGGUUUGCGGUGCCUCCGUUUUGGGCACCCAUGUCUGACUGUUUUGGUCCCCGGCUAGAGCAGGAUUUCCAGAGGGUCUGAGCAUCGACUCCCAUUGGCUUCACCCAGCUCUAUGUCUCCGUCACAUGCCGAGAGCCAAGGGCACCCCCGAGAGGCGGGGCUGUUUCCUGCCAGGAGUGGAGAACCGGCUCUAUUCUUUGCUGUCCGAGCAGAGCCUUGGACUCGAGAUAAAGGAAGAACUUGAUGCUCUUUCCGCCCCCGCCCCUGCUUUAAACUGUGUAGCUGCCGGCUUGGAAUCUUAAAGUGGUGUCAUUUCAUUGCCGCAGCCAAAGCUUUGCUCUCUUCAGCACUGAUCCUACUAAAAUUGCCCCGUGCGGUCUCGCCCACCCGGAGAUUAGCCCCACUCAGCCUUUGGUGUAGCUGCAGCUGUGCUCAGUUCUAUGUGUAGAAAAGGGCAAGCCGGGGCUGCUGGUUAGUUUAAGCAGUGCUAACCCCUGCAUGCCCUUGUCUGGAUCCAGUCUUGGAAACUGAGUCCUGGUUGAGCCAAGAAUGGGGAACUUCAGGGCAAACUUCCUCAGUGCGCUGUCCCAGAGGGUCCUGGGCUGAGAAGGGAGUUUGAGCUGUUGAGUCUGCAUGGUCAUUUGCCUGUCUGCUGGGGCCACAACCAGUGAUGAGCAGGAAGGGGGGUAAUUGGUGGUGGCUUAUUCCCCCUCCUUUGUCUGCUGUGGUUGGAUUGUGUGCAGCUCUGAACCUGGCGCCCCCCCCAAGCUGUGUAAAUAUGAUGGAGCCUUUUAACAUCUGCUCUCGACUGUGUCUUGGUUUUUGUUGAAUGUGUGUGUGUUUAAAAAAAAAAGUUUAAA